AAGUGGAAGUUGAUAAUGUGAUGCGGUUACGCGAGGUUUGGGAUAGGAAGCGUGAGUGUGAAUCAGCUGGGGGAAAAAUCAAUACUUUGCACGUUUGCUUGUUUUCGUCUAGAAAGGAAAUUUAGGGAGUGGAUGAAAUAAGUAAAAAAAAUAUGAAAGAAAUAGUUUAUAUUGUAGGUUGCUAAAAUAGUGGAGUAUUUUAAAAAUGUACGAAUUUACCGCGAAUACUGUCGAUGAAUUAGUUUUGGUUUCCCUACAAUUCCGCCAGGUGGCGCGACCGAGUAGUAUUCGUGAUGUGAUGGGCGUGUGAGUGACUGUGUCAAAAAAUAGUGUUUUGUGAUGUUUAGUGCCAUAACUGGGCAAAAAAACGGUACAGGGACUGAGAUGUGAAGCGACAAACACACAGCCACGCCAAAUCGAGUGCCUUAUUAGUUUAGUGAACGAACGAUCUUUGUAAUCGCAAUACAAAGCAACGAUAUUUUUGAAGAAUUUUCCGAAGAGCUUCCUGCUACAUUUUUAUUCAAGCCACCAGCAGAGCAGUCACCGCAAGCGGCGGCGGCGUCGUGACGCUCCCUGCGCGCGCGCAUCGAACACGCGCUCGGCGACAACUGGCGCCGGCUGACCAGGCCCAGGGCUGGCUCGUUCCAGAGUCAAACCCGAGACUCCCCGGAGCGCGCCCACCGGCGGCACCGGUCCGUAAGCGUCGAGCGGCCGCGGCGGGGCAGCGCCCAGUCUGACCCCGGCUACACUGCUAACAUAUACAGAGCCCACUCCCUAACCAGCAUGGCGACACUCUCGCUCAAGAUCUCGCUGGAGGGCGGCGCGGUGGUGAAGACCAUGCAGUUCGACCCCAGCAGCUCGGUGUACGACGCGUGCCGCCUCAUCCGCGAGAAGAUCCUCGAGGCCGGCACCGGCGACCCAAAACAAUACGGCCUCUUCCUCACCUCGGACAACGACACGAAGAAGGGCAUCUGGCUGGAGGCGUCCCGCAGCCUCGACUACUACAUCCUGCGCAGCGGCGACCUGCUGCACUACGGCAACAAGACCAGGAACCUGCGCGUGCGCAUGUUGGACGGCACGGUGAAGACGUUGCUGGUGGACGACAGCCAGAUCGUGGCCAACCUGAUGGUGGUCAUCUGCACCAAGAUCGGCAUCACCAACUACGACGAGUAUGGACUGGUCCGUGAAGAGCAGAAGGAAGAAGGCGACCCCUGCGAGAAGGGCAACUACGGAACCCUCACCAUGAGGAGGAAGCACCAGGAGAAGGACAGAGACGCCAAGAUGGACCAGCUCCGGAAGAAGCUGAGGACUGAUGAUGAAGUGAACUGGGUAGAGCCCUCCCAAACCCUCGGCGAGCAGGGCAUCCAGCCCUCCGAGACCGUCUUACUCCGACGACGCCUCUUCUACUCGGACCGCAACGUGGACUCGCGCGACCCCGUGCAGCUCAACCUGCUGUACGUGCAGGCGCGGGACGCCAUCCUGGCGGGGACCCACCCGAUUACUAUGGAGAAAGCGUGCGAGUUCGCGGGCAUCCAGUGCCAGAUACAGUUCGGAGACCACAAAGAGGACAAACAUACACCGGGAUUCUUAGACCUGAAGGAGUUCCUGCCAGCAUCCUACGUGAAGGUUAAGGGUGUGGAGAAGAAGGUCCUCAAACAGCACCGUCAGCACUCCGGACUCAGUGAGCUGGAGGCCAAGGUUCUAUACACGAAGAGUGCGAGGGCGCUGCCUACGUAUGGAGUGGCUUUCUUCCUUGUCAAGGAGAAAAUGAAAGGCAAGAACAAACUGGUCCCCCGCUUGCUGGGAGUCCGAGCUGACUCCGUGCUUCGUCUCGACGAACGAACCAAGGAGACGCUGCAGUCCUGGCCGCUGACCACCGUGAGACGCUGGUGUGCCAGUCCGAAUACCUUCACACUGGACUUUGGGGACUACAGCGACCAAUACUACUCAGUCCAGACCACCGAAGCUGAACAAAUUCUACAAGUGAUAGCCGGCUACAUCGACAUCAUCCUGCGGCGGCAGCGGGCCAAGGAGCACCUGGGCGUGGAGGGCGACGAGGGGUCCGCCAUGCUGGAGGACGCCGUGGCGCCCAGCAAGGCCAACAUAAUCCAACACGACACGUACAAGUCGGGCAAGGUGAACACGGAGUCGGUUGCCAAGCCCGCCGUGCUGAGACCCGGCGCUGAAGGGGCCAAGCCGUUCGCCGUGGGCCACGUGACCGGCGCGCAGCAGACCACCGUCUCCGGCCAGAUCAUCACGGGACACGCGCCGCCCGCCGCGUCCCAAGGUCAGCAGACCAAGGUGACGUCAGUGCUGACGGAGCCCCAGCGAGCCCUGUCUUCCACCAUCACCUCGGGGUACGAGAUCAUCAAGCACACUGAAGAGAGUUUGACGGUGGCCACUCUCCCCGAGCUGGGCGACGAUGCCGCCUCACAGAAAUGGCGUCUGCAGACCACGGACACGUCGCGCCAGCUGGUGACGUCACAGAUCGCCGCCAUGAACGCCGCCACCGCGCAGAUCGUCACGCUCACUUCAGGAACAACGGAAGAAGUAGACCACACCGCCGUCGGCGCGGCGAUCACGACCAUCACGUCGAACCUGCCGCCGCUGUCGUCGCGCGUGGCGCUGCUGGCGGCGCUGGCCCCCGACGGAGCCCCGCUGCUGGACGCGGCGCGGAGUCUGUGCCGCGCCUUCACCGAGCUGCUGACUGCCGCCGACCCGCAGGGCAGCAAGCCUCGUCAGAACCUCCUCAACGCCGCGUCCAAGGUGGGCGAGGCGUCCACCGGAGUGCUCCACACCAUCGGGGAGGAGACAGAAGAGGACAAGGAGACCCAGGACAUCCUGCUAUCCCUAGCCAAGGCAGUGGCCAACACGACGGCGGCCCUGGUGCUGAAGGCGAAGCACGUGGCGGCGUCGUGCGGGGAGCCGGGCGCGCAGGGCGGCAUCAUCGCCUGCGCCACGCACGCCGCGCUCGCGACCAGCCAGCUCGUGGCCGCCGCCAAGGUGGUAGCCCCAACACUGGACAACCCAGCGUGCAAGGAGCAGCUCAACAACGCGUGUCGGCAAGUGACGGCGGCGGUGCAGCGGCUGCUGGCGGCGUGCGAGGCGGCGGGCGGCGGCCGCGACGAGCUGCUGGCCGCUGCUGACCAGCUCACUGAUGCGCUGGAUAGGCUGCAGGAGCAUGCUAACAUGGACCGCAACCGCGCCACGGCCUACUCCACGACCACAGUGGAACACGUGAUGUCGGCCUACGAGCGCCUCUCCGCCGCGCACUCGCAGCCCGAGGUGCUGCAGCGAGCCCGGGAGCUGGGACACGCCACCGCCACACUCAUCACUGAUAUUAAGACGGAAGCGGAAAGCAAGCCGUCAGACGCCCAACGCCGCCUGCUGGCCGCCGCCAAGCUGCUGGCCGACGCCACCGCCAGGAUGGUGGAGGCGGCCAGGCAGUGCGCCACUUCUCCAGAGGAUCGUGAGAAGCAAGAAGCUCUGCGGCGCGCGGCCGAGGAGCUGCGCUUCAUCACCGCCGACUACGCGCAGGGGCAGGACAUCGUGCGCUCGCAGAUAGCCCGUCUCUCUCAGAGCGCCAUGCAGACGGCGUCCAGCGCGGGCCAGUUAGCCGCAGCCGCUCACAGCGCCACCACUUACAACACCAACACUUACACUCAGGAGACUCUCCUAGAGGAGUGCAAGCUGCUGACCUCGCAGGUGCCUCGCGUGGUGGACGCCGUCAAGGUGUCUUCACUGCGGGAGGGGUCCGCCGCCGCCCAGCUCGACCUCAUCUCCGCUUGCGACUCUUUACUGCAGCCAAGCGGGCACGCGGUGGCGGCGGCGCGCGCGGCGCUCCCCACAGUCAGCGAUGCGCACGCGCACAAACACUUGUCCGACACCGCGCAGCAACUCACGCAGGAUGCGGGAGACCUCAGAUCAGCAGUAUCCCGCGCGCGCACCUCCUGCCGGGGCCUGGAACUGGAUGCAGCAGCUCAACUGCUGCGCGAGCUGCCGGCCGAGCUGCAGCAGCAGCCGCGCCCGCUGCCGGGGCAGACCGCGGAAUGGGCCUCCUCAACCCUCAACAACGCGUCCCGCUCAGCCGGCGCCGCCACCGCAGCCCUGGUCUCCGCCGCGCGCGCCGCCGAGCCCGCCGCCGCCGGCACCGCGGCUGCUGACCUGUCUUCACAUCUGAAAGAGUUUACUAAAGGAGUGAGAGCUUCGGCUGCCUUGGCUGAGGAACCGGAGCUCCACAGACUCCUAUCAUCGGGCCGCCACGUCCUAGAGUCUUCGCUGACGCUGGUGGAGACAGUACAGAGAUACCUCGCCACCUCCGAGACGGUCCACAUCCAGCACAUCAUCACCACCGCCAAGCAGCUCAACCAGGACCUGGAGCGUACGGUGGAAGCGGUGCCAGCUCACUCGGAGCUCGACAUCGCCAUGGAAAACAUCAACGAGACUUUGAAUAUACUCAACAUGAACGAGUUCCCGCCUUCUGAUAGGAAUUAUGGCGAGCUCCAAUCCGAGCUGACCACCGCAGCAGCCGAACUCUCCCAGCUGUCCUCCUCUGUGGCGUGGAGCGCGGAGACGCCGGGGCAGCUGGCGCGGGCGGCGCGCGGGUUCGGGGACCAGUUCAACACCGUCGCCGGCCUCGCGCUCGAGAUGUGCCGCCACACCGAGGACGUGGAGACCCGCACGCUGAUGGUGAACUCCAUGAAGACCGUCACAGUUAACUCCUCCAAGCUGCUGUCCACCGCCAAGUCUGUCAGCCAGGAUCUCAACCGACCGAAUGCCAAGAACCAGCUGGCGGCGGCCGCCAGGGACGUCACUGACAGCAUCAACAGACUCCUGGACGUAUGCACCGAAGCCACCCCAGGCCAGAAGGAGUGCGAGGCGGUCCUACGCAACGUGGCGGCCAUGGCGCCUCUACUCCGAGUCCCCGACGAGCCUGUCACCGACCUGGGCUACUUCUGCACGCUGGACCAGCUCGUCACGCACUCCAAGACUCUCAGCGAGGGCAUGUCCGGCAUGGCGCACAGCAUCAAGCGAGGAGCUCAGGAGCAGUUCUCAGCCAGCGUGCAGGCCACAGGGGCUGCCCUAUGUCGGCUUCUGGAGGGGACAGCACAGGCUGCUUACUUGGUGGCAGUCUCAGACGAGACGAGCGUGGCGGGGCGGCCCGGGCUGGUGGACCGGGCGCAGUUCGCGCGCGCCGCCGCCGCCAUCGACCAGGCGUGCCGCGUGCUGGCUGAUUCUAGCAGUGCGCAGCAACAGGUCCUAUCGGCCGCCACAAUAAUAGCCAAGCAUACAUCAGCCAUCUGCAACGCGUGCCGCGUGGCCUCCUCCAAGACGUCCCGAGCCGCCGACAAGCGACACUUCGUGCAGAGCGCCAAGGACGUGGCCAACUGUACCGCCGCGCUCGUGAAGAGGAUCAAGACUCUUGAUGCCGACUACACUGAGGAGAACCGUACGGCCUGCGCCGAGGCCACCGCCCCUCUCCAAGACGCCGUACGCUCGCUGUGCCAGUUCGCGGACAGCCCCGAGUUCGCCGCCGCCCCCGCGCGCCUCUCCCCCGCCGCGCGCCAGCAGCAGCAGCCCAUACUGCAGUGCGGCAGAAACAUAAUAACCGCAUCCUGCUCAAUGAUCGAGGCGGCUAAAGUGCUCGCGCUCAGCCCGAGCGAGCGCGCGCACUGGCAGGCGCUCGCGCAGCACAGCAAGACCGUGUCCGACAACAUCAAGGCUCUGGUUACUAAUAUCAGAGAGAAAGCGCCAGGACAGCGGCAGUGCGCGUGCGCGCUGCAGACGCUGAGCUCGCUGCGGCGCUCGCUGGAGCAGUGCGCGCUGGCCGAGCAGCCCGCGCCGCCCGCAGGGAACACGCUGGAAGGUUUCUCCGAGCUGAUCGAAAGCAGUUCAACGGAGAUCCUGGAGCGCCUGGAGCCGCUGCGAGUGGCGGCCAAGGGCGAGGCCGAGAACCUGGGACACGCCGUCGUGCAGAUGGUAUCCUACGUCGAACCCCUAGUAACCGCCGCCAUCGGCUGCCACGCGCAGCUGUCGGACAGCCGCGUGUCGGCGGCGCUGCUGGACGCCACGCGGACCGUGCUGGAGGCCGCCGCGGCGCUCGUGCAGGCCGCCGGGGACGCCGCCGGGAACCCCCGGGCGACCAGCAUCCACCCGGAAGUGGACUCUUCUGUCGCGCUGUGUCGCCGCGCGCUGUCGGAGCUGUCGUCGGCGGCGCGCGAGCUGAGCGCGGCCCGCGGCGCCGUCAGGCCGCUGCUAGAUGCUGUCGCAAGAAGCCAGCAGGCUCUCACAACACACAGGAUGUCUCUGCUGGGCUCAUUCGACGAGACCGCCUCCUACGUGGACUACCAGACGCGCAUGGCCGCCACCGCCAAGGACAUCGCCAGACUGGCUAAUGAUAUGACGGCGAAGUCAGCGACAGACGCGUCGCGCCUGGUGCAGCUCGGCAACGACGUGUGCCAGAAGUACUGCCAGCUGGCGGCGGACAGCGGCGGCGCCUCCGCCACCACGCCGCACGCCGACCUGGCCGCCAGCAUCCGCUCGGCCGUGCUGGAGCUGGGCGAACAAGUGUCCGACAUCAUCAAGGCGGGCGGCACCUGUCGCAUGUCAGCUACUGCCGACAACCAGCGCGCCGUGGCUGACAGCGCCAAGCGGGUUAACGAGAAGGUGAUGUCAGUGCUGUCGGCACUGCAGCAGGGCUCCCGCGGCACGCAGGCCUGCAUCGACGCGGCCGCCACCGUGGCCGCCAUCAUCGGCGACCUGGACACCACCAUCAUGUUCGCUAGUGCCGGCACCCUACAAUCAGACAACGAAGCCGACUCCUUCUCCCAACACCGGGAAGCUGUUCUCAAGACAGCCAAGACCCUGGUGGAGGACACGAAGCGGCUGGUGGGCGGCGCCACGGGGGGGCAGGACGAGCUGGCGGCGGCGGCCGACGCUGCCGUGGCCACUAUAGUCCAACUCUGCGAGGUCGUCAAACAAGGCGCCAUAUCCCUCGGCUGCAACCCUCCAGACCGGCAGGUCCUACUUCUCAACGCGGCUCGCGACGUGGCGGCGGCGCUCCGAGACCUGGCAGCCGCCACCGCCGCCGCCAGCCCGAGACAGGCGGAUAGUCUGCACGUGCAGAAUCUGAAGACUGCUGCUAAGCGCGCGACCAAACGCUGGAGCCUCCCGGUCACCCCCGCGACCCUCCCGCGGCCAAACAAACGUAGAUCCUUUAACUUCGGAGCCAAAAACGACUAUGGCUCUUGUGACUCAGAGACUGACGUCUACCAAUCAGACAUGGAAGAUGAACUUAUCAAACUUCUAGACUAUUCCAGCCAAGACGACGAUGUCUCUCCAACUAUCUUCCAUGAUAAUUGUGAGGAGAUCAUUGCUUACAUUGAAAGUUUCAUGCGUCAUCCGAAUAAGGUUCCUAAAGAUGAUGACGUCAAUGAAAAAUAUAAUAUUGCAGCUAGAAAUAGUUUAGUAGACAUGGACUGGAGAGUCAUUAAGUAUGGGGAAAAUAUUCUGCUCGGAGAAAUAAAAUCGCUGGUGGAUGUGUAUGUGGAUAUUAGUGAUAGAGAGGAAAAUAGAAGAAGGAGGGAGAAAAUCGUUCGGCUUAAAGCUAACACGGAGUUGGAUAGCGAAAUGAAGCGACUGUCACAAGUCGUCGAUGAUAUGGAGUCAGAAAUUGAGACUGAAGAGACUGAUACAGUUGUGACGAAGACUGUUAAAACUAUUGUGACUACAAAGAGACCGCUGGAGGAGAAGUUAUUGAAAUAUAAGUUAAGGAAUCCCUCUUUCAAAGUAACUAAAGUAAAACCAGUAAACUUGGUUAUCAGUCUAGAACUUAGGUCGAAGACUCCGGUAAAACCUGCUCAAAUAGAGGAGUUAAAAUCUCCGCAUAUAGAAGAAAUUAAAUCUCCAAAUAUAGAAGAGAUAAAAUCUCCUGAAGAAACAAACAAAGAUGAAGCUAAAGUUAUUGAAGUGAAACCAGAAGUUAAAAGCAAAAACACCGAGUUUUGGGAUAUGUUCAAAGAUGACACGGAAUGGUGGCAAGCGUUAGCUAAGAGAAAUCUAGAGAAAAUGGAGGAAGCUAGAAAAGACCUAGAAAGGUUCAGCCAACAUGAGUUAGUACUGGGUGACAUUGAGAAUGAAAUGGAUAAGUAUGAGAAAGAAAAAGAAACACUUCAAACCUUCAUUGAAGACGUUGACAGAACGAAAAAUUUAGAAUACGACAAAAAGUACGAAGACAUGGUUUUGAAACUCAUUGACUUUGCUAAAAAGGACUUUAAUUACAAAGGCUUUGAUCCUUUAAUUGAACAGCUUAAUGCCUUAUCCAAGAUACAAAUAGAAAGACCCAAGAAAGUUAUCAACAUACACGAAAUAAUACACAUGGACGUGAGCAAAUACACCUACGAAGAAUUGAACGUUUUAGAGAAAUAUUACCAGGAAAUCAUCAAAAAACACAAACCGAAGAAUCGAGUGACCAUAGCAGACAAAGAAAACAUAGUUCCUAUAAGAUCUCCUAGCCUCACCAGAGAGCCAUCACCUUCCUAUCACAAAACCAUCAUAGUCAACACACACUCGCAAAACGAUCUCACAAAGCAAACCAACCAAUACAAUGUUAGCAACACAAGUUCCUUGAACCGAUUUCAAAGCAGAAACCGACAAGAAAUAUUCGAUCUCACUCGCUCGUACCCUGAAGAAUACUACGCUAACAACUGGUGGUCAAUCUACGAAGACAUACUGAAAACGCGCGAACGACAAUUCGGAUCCAUCGACAACUGGUGGAGAGUCUACGAAUCUGUGCUCAACAAAUCAGACUUAGAAGAGGAAGAAAUGAAUAGAAUUAGAUCUUUGUUGGAGUAUAGAAAUUCACUUAGAAAACGACCGAACAGCCGCUUAGAAGAGCAGCUGAAAAUGCUGGAUGAAGUAAAGAACAGUAACUUCACCGAGACGGAAGAUGUAAACCGACAGGACUCUGAAUCGGUGAUGGUGACCAACGUGACGUCUCUGCUGAAGACAGUGAAGGCCGUUGAGGACGAGCACAUGCGAGGAAUCCGCGCCCUCGAGUCCACUAUCGAGAGCAUCUCGCAGGAAGUCAAUGUCCUAAUGUCCCCGCAAGCGCCCAAGUCCACCGCCACCCCUGAAGAACUCAUCCGUCACACGCGGCUGAUGACGGGCGCCACGGCGGCGGCGGUGGCGGCGGGCGCCACGCACAAGCAGCAGCAGCUGACACAGAGCGCGCAUCUGGGCAGGGCUACUGUCAGGGAUCUGUUGACUACGUGCAAGGCGGCGGCCUUCACAGCGGAGACAGAAGAACUGAAACAGCAGACUCUAGAAGCGGGUCGCAACGCCGCGCUGGCGUACCGCGCACUGCUGGUGGCUCUACUGGGAACUGCUGAAGACAAGGCACAACUGCCGGAGCUGAGUCGACACGUCGCGUCCGCCGCGGCUGAGUUGAUUGCGUACGCUGAUAAACUUAAAGGCGCAGACUGGGUGGACCCCGAGGACCCGACGGUGAUCGCGGAGAACGAGCUGCUGAGCGCCGCCGCGUCCAUCGACGCCGCCGCGCGCAAGCUCGACUCGCUGCGCCCCCGCCAGGUGCAAGUGGAGGCGGACGAGAACCUGAACUUCGACGAGAUGAUCCUGUCGGCGGCUCGCUCCAUCAUCACCGCCACCUCGGCGCUGGUGCGGGCCGCCUCCGCCGCGCAGAGGGAGCUCAUAGACCAGGGCAAGGUGGCCCGGCGCCCCACAUCCUCCUCAGACGACGGGCAGUGGUCCGAGGGCCUCAUCUCCGCGGCGCGGCUGGUGGCGGCCGCCGCGCACUCGCUGGUGGAAGCCAGCAACGCGCUGGUCUGUGGUGCCGGCAGCGAGGAGCGGCUGAUCAGUGCCAGUAGGCAGGUGGCGCAGAGUACCGCGCAGCUGCUGGUGGCUUGUAAGGUGAAAGCGGACCCGUCCUCCGAGUCCACCCGGCGCCUCCAAGCGGCCGGCGCGCAGGUCAUCCGCUCCACGGACAACCUGGUGGUGGCCGCCAGGGACGCCAUGAGCCACGAGGAGGAGCGCAGCCUGGUGCUGAACCGCCGCAUGGUGGGCGGCAUCGCGCAGGAGAUCGACGCGCGCUCGGAGAUCCUCCGCAUAGAGAAAGAACUCGAAGAGGCUCGCGGCCGCCUCAACGCCAUCCGCCAGGCCAAGUACCGGCUGAAGACUGGUGACACGUCCGGAGAUGAAACGGAUACCGAUGUGUAUAUUGGGGGCUAUAGUAGUGAUGCUUCUGCUACGCCGCAUAGGUUCAAGACGCUUAACAGCAGUUUCGCGAACACGACCUACUCGCCGAACAGCACCCACACCAGCCAACACAACACGCAGAACUCGACCAACCUCAGCCAGCACAUCGGCCAACUCAACCAGUCCAUACACGGCACCAGUUCACCAGGCUACUCGCGCCUUGGCCCCAACGCUGGCCAAACACCGCCAACCUCGCCGGGGUACAAACAAGCUGGGUCCAACGCUGGCCCAACCCCGCCGCCGCCGCCUAGGCCUUCUAGCUUCGGACAGAACAACAGCUACUCCGAAAGCCAGUACAGUCAGACUAACGGAUCGUUCGGUCAAUCGAAGACGGUCCAAAGCCCGACGUUCUCAAGCUUCAGGCCGCAGGAGGAGACUCCCAAACAGAGCUACGAAGGGUUUACUACUCGCGAGGCAACAGCGGGUCGUAAUGACAGAACGAUGAGACAUACGGAGUCGGAAGUGACGUCAGAGGUCUCGGAGACGGUCGUGGUGAAGUCGCUUCAGCUGCCGCAGGUGCGGACAGCCCUACUCGUGACGGACGACAGUGCGACCACCACCAUCUUCUACAAGCGGGAGAAGCCCCCGCCGCCGCCGCGCAAGUUCACUCUCGGCACAAACUACGAAACUCGUCUUUACGACACCCCGCGCCCCGCCAGCCAGCCAGCGACUGAAGAGAGCAGGUUCGAAUCCAGCCAGUACUUCCAGGAACAAAAAUCUGCCUUCGAAUCCUCUACUAAACUACAAACCCCUCUGAGCCCUAAGUUCAACGCCAGACAGCUUAAAUUCGAGGACAAAUCCGAACCAAUCUACUCUACGCUAAACAAGCCUUCCACGCCUAAAUCGCCGUUCGACGGAGUGGGUCAGACCUUCUCUGAACACCAAAAGUCCACAGAAGCCAUACCUGGUGGCACGAAGAGUACAGAGUUCUCCAUCAAAAGCGAAUCCUACCAGAGCUAUCCGAAAACCGAGUUUGUCAAAUCCGAAACGCGGCAGGAAAUCAAAUCGCCUUUCGCGACUUCAACUCCCUCCAAAUUUGAGCAGUCGGACUUCUACGCGCAGCAAGAGUUCACCAAAAACCUGUCUUCAGACUUGGUCAAGGUCCCUACUCCGGAAUUCGAGCGGAUAUCCUCGCCAUACGGCAAAGAGGUGCAGAGUUACGGAGGGCCCAACUUCAUGGAGGAAACCACCACUGAGGUCAAAGAAAUACCCAACGGAACCCAGAAAAUAACCACAACCAAAAUCUACAGCUCUUCUCCCGUUAACAUUACGACUACGAAUACUAAAUACGAACCAGUCAAGCUUGAAGGAAUUGACGAGCUAUCGAAAUCCUUCGAUAACGACUCGAAGUACAGCACUCUCGACUCCCGCUUCAACACGUUGGAGUCCAAACUGAGUUCCGACACGAGCCGCUCCUUCAUGAGACCCUCAGACUUCCACAAGUCCGAAUACCAGUCAUCAUCGUCCGUGACGAAUGUGAAGAAACCGGUGGAGACCCGAGAGAUAGAGAGCUUGGAUAAAAAGUUCGCGAAACAGACGAUCAAGUCUGAGACGAUUGAGAGGAAAUCCGUGAUGACAAGUUCACACAAGUCGCAGACCAGUUCAACGGUAACUAAGAAGUUUGGCAACUUUUAAGGUCAAUAAUUCCGUGGUUUACGUGUUCGCUUCUCUAACAACACGCGUUUUUGUGUCUGGCUGUUCGUUGUGUUGAAACCUCGUGGUUGGUGUCUCGAGAAAAAAGCUUUCUCUUGUUUAUACUGAAGCUUCGCUAAAAAGCACGUUGUAAAAAGGUUAAGACUUGUUUUCAUCGAUAUAUAAAGCUAAGUUUAGAACCCGGAGAUUACACAAUAUAUCUCGAUGAACUGGAGUCUAUAUAAUUAAUUUUAUUAAUAGUUUAGUCGUAAGUUUAUGAAAAUCUGCGGUGCUAGAGAUUAUUAAGCGUAGUGUAGACAGAAUGUAGUGCCUAAAUUUUGCCUUAGCCAAAAAAUAUGAAGAUGUAUUAUACGAUUUGAUUUUAUAUUGAAUUUUAAGGUUUUUUCGGCCCGUGUUGAUGUUUGUUACAACGAGUCUUUGAAUUCACAAAGUGCUAGCCCCGCGGGGUCCUUACGAUGUUGCCUUUUAUAUAUUAAUAUAUUUCAAAAUGGAUUUUAUAUAUAACAAUAUAUAGCCACACGUGCCAUUGACAGAUUUUUUAUAUAUACAUUGGGUCAGUAAUUGUUAGCUAGCGUACAUCGAUGUACAAUUAUGGACCCAUGCUUCUUAAUCAACAUUCUAUUGUCGAUAUGGUGCUGCAGUGUUUGUUUGAAUUUAUAAAUAUAUAUUUAACUAUUUUAACGUGAGAAAUCUCAAACACAAAAGUGCCAUGUACAUGUACCCGCCAUAAUAUAACUAAUUGUAAAUAGAACAAUAUCUUCGAUAUAAAUGUAUGUGUGUUGCAAUUUAUAAACAAAAGUAUGUAUUUCAACUUUUUUACUAAUUACGUGGGAUUCUAAUGAACUAAAUUAGCUCUUUCCUAAUGAUUUCUGUGUUUAAACGAGUAGGUAUAGAAGGCCCCGGUAUUUUUAGAUAAAUUCUAAUUCAGAUACGUCUAUCUAUGUUGGGGUUUCCAUUGCGUAAUGAAUGACUUAGGAGGAGCGUUUAAGCUUAUACUAAUCAACAGAGUGCAUGUAUAAAUAACCAAUAGUGGUUUUACCGAAUGACUGCAUUUUAAAAUGUGUAUUUUAUUUUUAUAGAAAAGUCGCACCUACAACUGAAGUUAUAUGAGAGCUGACAACACAUUUUUAAAAAUAUUCUUUUGAAAAUAAAUAAUAUAUUACUUUUGUAA